AUGGCGGAGGAGGCAGAAGCUCCAGAGAGAGAGCUGGAGAUGCCGGCCAUGCAAGCGAUUGCGGAGGCAAGCGGAGAAAAGAAGGAGCGGACGAGCUCCAAGGUGAUCGAGGAUGCCAUAUCUGCUGGCUUGCUGCCCAGCCAGCGCCCUGUCCAGGAUGAGGCGCUCGGCCGUGAAAAGAAGAGGCCAGUCGACUUGGGUGCACCUGCUGAGGAUAGUGGGAUUCUUGGCAGCCUCGGCAUCUUGGAAGUGCCUUUGGGCCCUCCCCUGGCGCCUCUGCAGCAGCAACCCAAAGCCGCGCCGCCAGCGAUUGCCUCAGUCGCCCGCAGUGGCGACAAUGACUGGUAUGGCAGCUCAACGAGUGGAACGCCGCGGAAGGAGGAGGAAGAGGGGCCAAAGAUUGCAGCCCCUGCCUCUGAAAGCUCCGCCGAGGAUCUCCACUUCCCCAGCCGCCAGCUCACGCCUCGGGAGGACAAUGAGAAGCCCCUGGCUGCAGAGAACCAGAGGCCUGCUGCUGCAACAGAGGUGGCCGAGAACACGACGCCAGCGAGCGACCCUACGCCAGAGAGGCAGACCAGAAUGCCAGAGAGGAUCCCGGUGCAACAGGAAGAAGCAGAGGACACGGAGGAAGCCGACUUGGAUGCCAUGAUCCCCUUCAGCGCGCGUGAAAAAGCUCAGAGGCAAAUAUCGCCACUGGUUCAGGUGGUUGAGCAGCCACAGGUGCCCAACGACCCGCGUAAGUCGAAAGAGGCUGCCAAAUCCCCUGAGGGCUCUUCCCUGGGCUCCUUGGCCUCUCCCGAAGCUCUUCAGGAUGCCAGCGCUGGCAGUUUCAGCUUCGGAGAGCAAGGUCACAAUGGUCUUGGCGAGGCGAGCCCGCUGCAGGUGAUGCCGGCCAAAGGUGACGUUGGUGCAUCCCCUGCCAGCAAAGCGUCGGUUCCGGCGCCAGCUGCAAACACAGCUAAUUCAGGCGUGCCUGCGGCCAGACCAACCCCAACAAUUCUCCGCGACCUAGGUCUGGAUGAGUCCUCUGAGGACACGCCGCGGACAGACAGCAAGGAGGCAGCCAAGGCUUCACCGCCAGCUCAGCCUGCAUUAGCUUCGCCGACUUCAUACUCACCUGCAUCCUCCAAGGCGUUGCCCAAGCGCAGCAAUCCCCUGGCCCGGGUGGGAGGAGGACGGGGCAACCUCCUCCAGGGCUCUGGAGGAGACUUCCUGGGUGGCGGCAUGGCAGGCUUAGGCCUCCCUGGCUCACGAGAUGUUGGUUCUGGUGGCGCGUUGUCGUCGCUGGCAGCCUUGCGCCCCAAGGCCAAAGCUAGGCCGAAGAUCGGGUCCUUGCCUGGGGGCCCCAUCGACUGGAGUCAGAAGGAGGAUUUCAAAUGA